AUUACGCCAGUAUGGCGUCGACCAUGAGUAGCUGUCAUGCAUUCUGUUAUCACUAUUUUGAGUGCACCUGUCAAAUGUGACAUGAGUUUUCAUUUAAACAUCACACGUCAACUCGAUCGUUAACAUAAUUCACCGUUCACAACAAAAUGGGUAUUUUCUUUUCGAAGAAAAAACCUGCGAGUCGCGUAACCGAACAUGAUAAAGCUGUUUUGCAAUUAAAACAUUCUAGAGAUAAGAUUAAACAGUAUCAACGAAAAAUCGAACAAACACUUGAAAAGGAACGAUUACUUGCCAAGAAACUAAUACAAAAUGGACAAAAAGAUCGAGCUUUACUUCUGUUACGGAAAAAGAAGUUCCAAGAGCAACUGCUGUCAAAGACAGAUGGACAGCUUGAAAAUCUUGAGCGCAUGGUUCAUGACUUAGAGUUUGCACAAGUAGAAUUAAAGGUUAUUGAUGGCUUAAAAGUAGGCAAUACCGCAUUGAAGAAGUUACAUGAUUUACUGUCAAUUGAUGAGAUCGAAAAAGUUAUGGAAGAAACUAACGAAGGCAUAGAAAAACAGAGAGAAAUAAAUGAAGUAUUGUUAGGAGCGCUUACACAAGAAGAUGAGAGCGAAGUUGAAGCAGAACUUGAUGCACUUUUGGAUGCUGAAAUUAAAGAGAAAGCACCAGAAGUUCCAAAGGAUGUGCAAGAAAUACCAGAAGAUGUAACAUUGCCAGAUGUACCAGAAGAAUUACCAGAAAAGAAAAAAGAACGUACAAAAGAAAAUGCGCCAGAGGCUAUCGCUCUAGAAGCAUGAAAUAUUAAGUAUCAUUAUUUAAAUGUUUAUUCUAUUGGCACUUUGCGCAAAGGUCUAUGUAUAUAUGUACAGUACCUUGUAUGUAAGGCUGAGCAUGAAAUUUAAUUCACGCUCGGAGAUUCGUAGAAUCUAAUUGAAAGAAUCGAAGUUACUUUUGUUAGCAAAAUGUCUGUUAAAGACUGUUUUCCAUUAUACAGUGUGCAUACGUCAUUUCAGUGUAGCGAGGAAAGAUUUCAAAACAGUGGGUAUAUGAUCCAGGCAAUUGUACAUUAUCUCACAUAUUAUAUGCUGUGUACGUUUUACAAUGUUAAUUAUAUUUGUACUACCUUCUAUGUACAAAUACAUUUUCAUCUCAUUGGCCUCUCUUAUAUAUGGGUAUACAAAAAGUGCAAAAGGUUCAAACAUUUUAAUAAAUACGAUUUUCUUUACAAAGUG